AUGGAAGAUGUGAAAAUCAACCGAUGCUACAAGCCUUAUGACUUUGAACAAGUGGUGGAAAACCAACUUCAUCAUUUCUGUGAUGCUUCAGAGAAAGCAUAUGGAGUAGUGACGUAUCUGCGCAUGAAGAAUGAAAAGGGAGAAGUCGACUGCAACAUCGUCUUGGUCAAAUCUCGUCUAACCCCCCUCAAGAAAGUGGCACUUCCUAGAUUGGAACUCAUGGCUGCAACCUUGGCAGUAACGAUGGAUGGAAUAAUCAGACAUGAGCUUGAUCUUCAGCUCAAGGAAUCAGUCUUCUGGACAGACAGUGCCAUUGUACUGCAUUACAUCAACAAUGAAGACAAGAGAUUUCAUACGUAUGUCGCUACUAGAGUUGCCGCCAUAAGAGAGGGAUCAAAUCCAAAGCAGUGGAGACAUGUGAGCUCUGACCUGAACCCUGCAGAUGACAUCACUCAAGGACUGACACCAAGAGAAUUGAAUGGCAGAUGGCUAACAGGUCCAUAUUUCCUGUAUGCUGAUGAAGAAGAAUGGCCAAGAUGUCUUGAACUUCAAGGACACAAAUUGAACAAUGACCCAGAGGUCAAACAAGGUCAAACUCAAGGAGUAUUUUCUUCUACGCACUCAGAAGAUGUCAUUGAAGCUCUGAUAAUAAGAUAUUCAUCAUGGUUUUGCCUGAAGAAAGCUGUAGUGUAUAUGCUGAGACUCAGAAGCUAUCUGAGAUGGAAAGCAGGUCACAAGGUCAAUUUUGAAGGAUCUCAAAUGAAUCACCCUUUGUCUUUGUCAGAGAUGAAGAAAGCGGAAGAAGCUGUCAUACAAUAUGUGCAAAACACGCAUUUCAAGACUGAGUAUGAAUGCCUUGAAGGAAUGCCCCAAAUCAACAAAGAAAAUGACAAGUCAGUGAAGUCAAAGGAAAGAAAGGUCAUGAAAUCAAGUUCCUUGUCAAAACUCAACCCAGAAAUGAAUGAAAAUGGACUCAUUUGUGUAGGAGGCCGACUGCAGUAUAGUACUCUGAAUGAAGGAUUCAAGCACCCACUAAUUCUUCCCAAGAAACAUCAUGUCGUUGAGCUGCUUGUAAGACAUUUCCAUGAACUCACUGGACAUUCUGGACAGGAACAUGUCUUAGCACGCUUGAGAGAACGCUAUUAG